GCAUUUGUCGUGGAUGAUAGGAAAAUUUUAAGUUUUCGACGAAUGUGAAGAGAACGGGUUGGUGAAAUCCAUCUUUGAAAAUUUUUGGUGGUCGUUCGAAAAUUGUUUGUCUUUUGUUGUGCUAAAAGUGUUUUAAAUAGUAGUAUACGAUCUUUCUUAUAUUGAUUUCAAUUCCAUGUGUCGUUCAAUUCCAAAAACAAUCAUGUGUUUCGACAUCAAGUAGAUGAGCGGGAGUGUGUGCCACACAUCCACUGGAAAGGAGAAACACACAGUACAUUGGUUCCGCAAAGGCUUAAGAUUGCACGAUAAUCCCUCAUUGAAAGAAGGACUGAAAGGAGCCAAAACGUUUCGGUGUGUUUUCGUCCUAGACCCUUGGUUCGCUGGUUCUUCCAGUGUUGGCAUUAAUAAAUGGAGGUUCCUACUUCAGUGUUUGGAGGACUUGGACCGUAAUUUGAGAAAGCUCAACUCGAGAUUAUUCGUAAUCCGUGGUCAGCCGGCGGAUGCUUUGCCGAAAUUAUUCAAAGAAUGGGGCACGACGGCUCUCACGUUCGAAGAAGACCCCGAACCGUUCGGAAGAGUCAGAGAUCACAACAUUACGGCGUUAUGUAAUGAACUUGGAAUAACGGUAGUACAGCACGUAUCGCACACCCUGUACCAUCUUCAACAUAUAAUAGACAGAAAUGGAGGAAAAGCGCCGUUGACAUAUAAUCAAUUUUUGGCGAUAAUAGCUUCGAUGGGUCCACCACCUAAACCAGAACUACCAGUAAAUGCUUCUGUUCUAAAUGGAGCAUACACACCGCUCAAUGAUGAUCACGACGAAAAAUAUGGAGUCCCAACGCUUGAGGAGCUUGGUUUCGACACUGAGGGACUCAAUCCUCCAGUUUGGCAGGGUGGAGAAAGCGAAUCCUUAUCGCGCCUAGAACGCCACUUAGAAAGGAAAGCCUGGGUAGCAUCAUUUGGCCGCCCUAAGAUGACUCCCCAAUCACUACUUCCCUCGCAAACUGGACUAUCUCCUUACCUAAGAUUCGGCUGUUUGUCCACAAGGCUUUUUUACUACCAGUUAACAGACCUGUAUAAAAAGAUCAAAAAAGCGUUUCCUCCGUUAUCGCUGCACGGACAACUGCUGUGGAGGGAGUUCUUUUACUGCGCUGCUACCAAGAAUUCGAAUUUUGAUAAAAUGUUCGGUAAUCCCAUUUGUGUACAAAUUCCGUGGGACAAAAAUGCAGCGGCUUUGGCAAAAUGGGCAAACGGGCAGACAGGAUUUCCAUGGAUAGAUGCUAUAAUGACGCAGUUGCGCCAAGAAGGGUGGAUUCACCAUAUUGCAAGACAUGCAGCCGCUUGUUUCUUAACGAGAGGAGAUCUUUGGAUAUCCUGGGAAGAAGGAAUGAAGGUAUUUGAAGAACUUCUGUUAGAUGCCGAUUGGUCUGUUAAUGCUGGUUCCUGGAUGUGGCUCUCGUGUUCCAGUUUCUUUCAACAAUUUUUUCAUUGUUACUGUCCCGUAAAAUUUGGAAGAAAAGCUGAUCCCAAUGGUGAUUAUAUAAGAAAGUAUCUUCCAGUAUUAAAAAACAUGCCAACUCAAUACAUCCACGAGCCUUGGUUGGCUUCAGAGAAAAUCCAGCAGGCUUCGAAAUGCAUCAUAGGGAAAGACUAUCCUUUACCAAUGGUCAACCACGGAGUCGCCAGUAGAAUAAACAUUCAAAGAAUGAGACAGGUGUACCAACAGCUAGCCAAUUACAAAAUGGUCGAGAAUGCUAGGUUUGAAGUUAAGGAACAGCAGAUUAGGGAAAUUUCUAUUAUAGAUAGCGCUGUUUGAAAUUUUGGAAAGUGUAUUUAGUAGGGUUUUUAACUGUCAAAAUACGCUUACAGCAUUCAAGAUUUCUGACAUCAGGGCGGUGCCAAAACAUUAGAAUACGACUUUUCAUCAUGGUCUUGUUCCUAGUACAGUGAGAAGUUAGGCAUAUUACUUGUGUAUGUUCUUGUUUACUGAACAACUAAUAUCAAGUAAAUCGCUUUUCAUCACUUGCCGAAAUAUAUCAAUUAACAAUAAUAUUAUAGUGUAUAAUCAAUAAAAUAGAUCAUUUAAUAUUUUAAGGUAACAAAUGACAGAUGCAUGUACUGAAUAAUAUUUAAUACGAAUAAAAUGUUAUAUUAUAGGUAUAGCACGAGAUUGUUUAUAAAUAAGGGCUUUGGAAAAGUCUUAAAUGUAUUAUUUUUAGUUAAAAAUUAUUUAUAGCGUGUAUUAAUCUUACACACUCCAUAACGACACGACUUCGUUGAUUCUUUUAGUACAGGUAUCAUAAUAAUAAUUGAAUAAAAAAUUCAUUUGCUAGUUGGGGCAUUAUAUUUUUUAUCGCCAACCGUCACUAAAGUCAUUCAUUAUUGUACUCAUUUGCCCUCAUUUGCGGCAGUAAAGUAACACUUUAUUGUACUGAAAGAAGAAUUUUACUUUACCUGCCGCGAUUAAUCAAAUUAACCGAGAUUGAAUGUAAGUGGUCGAUGACAGUAAUCGAAUGGCGAGUAUUUGAGUGGACUUAAAAUUUAUUUACUUUAAUUAUUAAAAAUAUUGUACGCAAUUUGCGAUAUUAUCAAUUAAAUUUAUGCCAAAAAGUGAAAUUCUGUAGUAUUUUGUAAUUAUAUUCAUAUAAAAUAAACUAAAACUUUACGGAUUUAGUACUUAUUCAAUAUUGAUAACUAUCGAUUAAAAAUCGAAAGCGGCCAUCUUGCAAGUUAUCUGUCAUUACUGCCAUGAAAUUAUUAUGACGUCUAAAAUUUACAAAGUUCUUAAAUUGUAAAUUGCAAGUAAGUGUUAAAACCAAUAUUAAAUUAUGUUGUCAAAUAUUAUUUUAUAUCAAUAAAACAUAUCUUAACCGAUUGUCAAAUAUACCAGCAAACGAGAAGUAAACUCAACCUUCCCAGGGACAUAUCUGAGCUUCUUAGAGACACUACAAAUAUCAACAAUAUCAUACAGUUUUUAACUGAAAUAGGAAUAAAAGACAUUUAAUUGUAACACAAAUUUUUCAGGUAUACUUUUUGUUAGUACAUAUGUAUCUGCUUAAUAUUAUAAUCUCUUUUUAUUUUUAAUAUGUAUUUUCCAUUUUUGUCGUUUAUAACCCCAGUGGUUUGGACGACAUUAAAUUAAAAAAAAAUUAUUAACUAUUUAUAUGGGAAAUAAGCCACAAUUAAAUUGAAAAAAUAAUUUCAUUAACGUUUCAAUAUUGGCAAUAUCAUUUUAAAGUCUUCUACUUUAAAAUGUAUAACAUAUGUCUGAAUUGCCAAUAUAAAUGAGUCAGAUUAUAUAAAUUAUUAGAAGAAUUCUUUACUUAGCAACAACAUUUUUGUUUAUAUUUAGUAGUAUUUUGUAUUUUGACAACGGCACCCGAUUUGGGCGUCGAAACGUUAAUAAAAUGAUUUUUUCAAUUUAAUUGUGGCUUAUUUCCCAUAUAAAUAGUUAAAAAUAAAAAUGCCACAAAGAAAUAGCUUCAGAACAACAUUAAAAAAAAUAUGUUAUCGAUAAAAUUUUGUAUGCACCACGUCAGUAAAGACUCCUUAUCGAGCUCGUCUGUUACUCGCCUCGCUCGCUCUUCUCGUAAUAUCAGACUCGUUCGAUAAAGAGUCACUUUACUGACUUGGUACAUAAACAACUAUUAUUUUAGUAUUUUUAUUUCAAUAACUAUAAUUUAGUAUUUUUUCAUUUUUUAUAUAUUCUUUAUCUAUAAUAUUCUACCCGUAUUAAAUACUAUGUUAUUUUCAGCCUUAAAAUAUUAAAUGAUCUAAUUUAUUGAUUAUAAACUAUGACAAUAUUGUUGUUAAUUAAUAUAUUUCGGCAAGUAAUGAAAACCGAUUGACAUCAUUAAAUGGAAUAAAGAAUUAUAGAUAUAAUUUUUACAGUAAACAAGAACAAUGAAAAAUAUCUCUGAUAAGUAAUGAUGUCUACCUUCUCACUGUAGACUGUAGACGAAACAUGGCCAUGAUGAAAAGUCAUAUUCCAAUUAUUUGGCAAUGCUCUGGCAUCAGAAAUCUUGAAUGAUGUAGGCGUAUUUUUUAGUUAAAAAAACUAUAUCUGUAAAUACAAACGAGAGUUCUUAAUAAUGUUACAGUACCUUACUUAUCAUGUCUUCUGAAUGGCAAUUUCUUUCACUUUCUGUAAAAAUUUUAAAAAUGUCUUACCAAAUAAAAAUAAACGUAUUAUUGUUGUGAAGGUUUUAUAUUUAUUUUCUUAAUGAUAUUCGAUUUGGAUAUAACUCUUUAGGUAUUAUAAUUUAUUCUUGUGUGUCAUAUAAUAAACUAUUUAUUGAAUAAA